AUGUACACCCUAGAAGAGAAUAAUCACAAGAGCUUAAUUGACAGUCUUAAGAAUAGGGGAAUAAUUGACGAUGAAGAAGUAUACGAGACGAUGCUACAGGUGGAUAGGGGGAAAUACAUAAAGGAAAAACCCUAUGUGGACACUCCUGUCUAUAUUAGUCAUGGUGUUACAAUAUCAUCACCACACAUGCACGCUCUUUCCUUGAAGCGAUUAAUGAAUGUGUUGAAGCCGGGUUCUAGGGCCAUUGAUGUAGGUUCAGGUUCUGGCUACCUAACUGUGUGUAUGGCCAUGAGGACAAAGGUUCUUGAAAACAAGGAUUCCUUUGUGAUAGGUCUGGAGAGAGUAAAAGAUGUUGCAAACUAUUCGAUUGAAAACAUAAAACGAGAUAAACCUGAGUUAUUGCAUUUGGAAAAUUUUAAGAUAAUUCAUAAAAAUAUAUAUCAAGUGAAUGAAGAAGAAAAAGAAAAGUUAGGAUUGUUUGAUGCAAUUCAUGUCGGUGCAUCAGCAAGUGAACUACCAGAAAUUUUAAUAGAUUUAUUGGCAGAGAAUGGAAAGUUGAUUAUACCACUGGAUGAGGGAUAUACACAAGUAUUAUAUGAAAUUACAAAGAAAAAUGGUAAAAUAAUAAAGGAUAGACUCUUUGAUGUUUGUUUUGUAACCUUAAAGAAAAAUUAA